GUUGGUGCGGGCGUAAGCUUCCUGAAAAAUAUCCUGAAUUUGUGCGAAAUUCUUGUUUUACUGCAAAUUUUUGGCUCAAAGUGUAUUUGAAAGAAAGAAGAAUUUUGAAAAUUUACUAUCCUUAUCCAGAAGACUCCUAUAUGUAUAUAUAAAUAGUAUGUUUUUUAAGUGCUUUGCCAAAAAUUAGCAUAAUCAACGUUUAUUGACUAAAAAUAGCAUCAAUUUUGGAGACAAGUAAUUCGGAUUGACAGAUAUUCCCCCACGACUAUGACCGCCACAAAAAGGCCAUCAACAACAAAGUAUUCAGAGGAUCAACCCGCCAACAAUGUGGAUGAUGAAGAAGAAUAUUCCGAAGAUGAGCCGGAUGAACCGAUUCUCGAAGAUACACACCACUUCUUUUUUCAUUUAUUUACUGGUUACAAGAUAGACCACUUCAAUUCGUAUACAAACUUCACAAACUGGAUGCAUCGGCCCGUCGAUGCCGCGGCGCUCGGAGUUUUCCGCAUGCUCUACGGCAUGGCGAUGUGCAUCGAUAUCGCAGAGGAGCGGGGUGGCAGCCAGAUGGAUACGCGCUACGGCGAGCCGCGACUUUGUCACUUUCCCCUCUUCAGUGGUAUCACCGCCUUCUCGCUACCGGUGAUGGGUUGCGUUUAUCUGGUCAUGUGGUUGGGGGCGAUCGGCAUAAUGCUGGGCUAUCGUUUUCGAUUAAGCUGUCUGGCAUAUAUCGUACCCUAUUGGUAUAUAUAUUUACUCGAUAAGCCGGCGUGGAAUAAUCAUAGUUAUUUGUUCGGUUUGGUUGGUACCAUGCUGCUGUUUUCUGAUGCAAAUCGAUACUGCUCUUUGGACAAGUAUCUACAGCCGAAUAUGUCGGAUACGGUGCCCUAUUGGAAUUAUUUUCUCAUCAAAUUCCAAUUCUUCGUGCUCUACUUUUAUGCGGGUCUGAAGAAGCUCACCGCCGAAUGGCUUUCAGGUUAUGCGAUGGCCAACCUUAGUGAACAUUGGGUCUUCACACCGUUUCGCAUUUUGUUGUCGGGUAAAAUGAUAGAUCUACUGGUAGUGCAUUGGUUUACGGCGUUCUUCGACUUCACCAUUGCGAUAUUAAUGACAUGGGAGAUAACCAGACUAUUGGUCACGCCCAUUAUGAUCGCUUUUCACUUAAUGAAUUCGCGUUUAUUUGUAAUAGGCAUGUUCCCCUGGGUUUGUCUAGCCGAGGUGCCACUGUUCUUUGGUUUUAGCUGGCCGCCUAAGUUAGAUUCAAUCCUCAAGAGUUUAAAGUAUUUUGUCAACUUAAUAACCGAUGACAUAGCUAAAGUUGUGCAGCAACGAAAUGCAGAAGAAAAUUACGAGAAUCAAAUUAAUGCUUCCGCGGACGUUACGACCGCAAGUACAGAAUCUACGAACAGUAAUAGCAACCACCAAGAUACCAAAAUAGGAACAAUCGGCGCUAAAGUGCGUACAGCGUUGAUAUUGUUUUACUGUGCUUUGCAACUCUUCUUGCCCUACUCACAUUUCAUCACGAAAGGUUAUAACAAUUGGACCGGUCUCUACGGCUAUUCGUGGAAUAUGAUGGUACACUCGUAUGAUACAUCGAUAACCGUGGUAAAACUUGUCGACAAUGCCAGCGGCGAAGUACACUACUUGGAUCCAUAUGCCUUCACACAGUACGAUCGUUGGACAAAACAUGCCGAUAUGGCCUAUCAGUAUGCCAAGUGUAUUGAGUCGAAUUUACUCGAAGAUUAUGCGCGCGAUCCAAAAGCCAGUCCACUGACUUCAACAAAUUUUUCGUUAUAUAUGGAAGUUUGGUGUUCGAUGAAUGGCCGCGCUCACCAGCGCGUCUACGAUACAAGUGUCGAUCUCUUGAAGGCCGAAUGGUCACCAUUCAAGCAAACCAGCUGGACGUUGCCGCUGUUGAGUGAACUUGAUUAUUUGCGCCCGAAAUUGAAGGCGAUGGAAAGUGAUGUGCUGGCUUGGAGUAAUUACACGGAUGUGAUUUUUAUUGCUGACUUUCCGGGCAUGACGCUGGACAACCAGCUGUCGGAAGAUCUGACAAAUGUGACGCUAACUAUUCUAGCCGGUAAUGUGCGCUAUAAGUCUGACGAUGAGGAUCAAGAUUACUUUCUGACGGCGGGUAAAAGUUUUGUGCUUUCAAGUGGUGAAACGCAUCACAUAACAACGAUCGGACAGAAUCCAUCGGCGUAUUUCUUCACAUAUACGAACAAAACAAUGAUCGCUGAGGCAUCGCGUGGCGGCCAAAAUGCCAACCAAAAGUCCCCGCCCUUGCUGCUGCCAGUGUGGAGUGAAUUCGAAAACCGCGUAAAAAAUUACAAAGUAUUUCUGCAACACAUGGCCAAUUGUUUGUUGUAUUUGUUGUAUGACGUGCCAAUACCGAUGGAAGUGCGCGAACGUAACUAGAAACCGAAAACUUCGAACCGUAGCUGUCUUUGUCGUAACUAUUGUAAACUCAGUUAAAAUUGUGUGAUAAAUGGAUAAUAACAUUAAGAAUU